AAAGAGAAGAAGGAUGAAGGAAUAGCUUUGUUGUCGAUAGUGCGUCUGUUUGGAGCCUCCCCCUCAUUGUGAAAGGGUCCAGACUGUGACAGAGGCGCCCGUCGGUGAUGAUGCCAGCUCACACGUACGCCUUCACCGUCCGCCACCACGCCGACCCCAAUCUCAAGAUGGAGGUCAGGGAGGAGUGCGUCAGGCGAUACGAGUACUUCCAGCCGCUCCUUCGCGGCGACUUCAACGAGGCCCGCUCUCGAGAGGUAGGUGCGUCAGUCAGCACGCAAAGGAGAGGGAGGAGCUAGCCGCACACAGACAGACGCGCAGGCAGGCGAUGUGUUGGCGUAUGUCAGAUUGGGUUUGAGGAGGAGCAGAUCCCGUUGUCGAUAAUGGACAUUGUGUUCCAGGACCCCAUGGACCUCAUAUCGCAGCUCACACAAGACAACUUCAUCAAAACACUCAAGGCACUCGGUCAGACAGACAGACAGACAGACAGACAGACGGCCAUCAGACGCCGGCCGCAAAGGCACUAGAGAAGGUCCUUGUGACGCUCUGCUCUGUGUGUGUGUGCGCGUGUGUGGGUGUGGGUGUGUUGAUGGUGCAGAUUUCUUGUGCCUCCGGUGUGACCGGUCGUGGAGUCAGAUAGCCGAGCGAUGCGCCAACUUCGUCUCAGAGGUGCGGCCCCUCACCCACCACAGAACACAGCACUACAGAACACAACACAACACGGCACCCUGCACACAAUGGCAUUGAUUGCCUCUGUUGUGUGGUGCAGGAGUCGAACUGUCGCGAGUACCUGUACCUGUGUCUGGAGGCGCCUGCGGUGCUGGCGUGCGUCAACUACUCCAAGUUCCGCACGUCGGUGGCCAAGGCCUGCGUCGAAUGCCCCGAGGCGCUGGGGCUGCUCAUGCGCAAGGACAGGGAGAGACCGUACGUACUCAAGAUCGUCCACAAGAUGUGCGAGCUCAUCGAGAGAGGGUGGAAGGGAUUCGACACGGUCACUGGUACCAACGCGCAGCCGACACACACACGGAGAGAGGGGGAGAGAGGGAGGGAGGGAGGGAGGGCUGGUGUGUAUGGUGUGGUGUGGUGUGUUGGAUGUUUGUGUGCAGGUGAGAGGUUCUUCUGCGCGUUGUUCAGCAACCCGUCGUCUCAGUCGGGUGCGGCGGCCCAGAGUCUCGUCGGCGCACUCACGGCCAUCUGGCGGCAAUCACAAUACCACCUACCCAACGUGAGACAGAUGCACACACACACACACACACACACAUGGAGACGCACAUCAACCACACGUAUGUGUGUGAAUGUGUUUGUGUGUGUGGUGUGGGUGUAGACCCAUAUCUUCAACCCCAACCCGUUCGAGACGAAAGGCGCUGAGAUCCCCAACUCGUUCGUCCCCGGCCUCAAGCUCAAGUUCUUCGCAUCAGCCGAAUCAGGUAUGCUCACACGCCCACCACACCACACCACACCACGCCACACCACACGUGUGUGUCGGCUGUUCACCCACCCUUGUGUGUCUGUGUGUGUGUGGUGGGAUGCGUGUGUGAUUUGUUUGUUGUGGUGUGCAGGCAAGGCGGCCGAGACGGGUUUCAAGUUCAAGGAGUACGAGGCCGAGUACAAGGGCUUCGACCGCUGCAACCUGCCCGCACUCAAGGACGUCAAGGUCUUCGGCUUCCACAUGACGCAGGCGCCCAACGACACCACACUCAGGUGUAUCUGUGCCAACGCAUCGCUCAGAUACGACACUGCCGAGGUAUGUCUGUCUGUAUGUCUGUCACACCACACAAGGGGGCAGAGGGUCGGGGGAAGGGGGAGAGGAUGAUGCGAGCCUUUGUGUGUGUGUGUGUGUGUGGUUGGUGUCGGUGUUGUGCAGGCCAAGGACGUUCAGCUGGUGGAUUGCCGGACCAAGUACGAGGACAUCUCGCUGGGCUUCAGCCCGCGGACCUCUCAGUUCUACUUCUACGCGUCGGUGGGCAGCCGGAUGCAGGGGCCCGAGUGCGAGAAGAUCAAGCUGGCCGACAUGAAGAUCAAGCUCGAGAUCAACCUCUUCCCACUAAGAACACUCUCACUCUACCUCAUUCGACGAGUGAGCGUGUGGGCCCCACCGACACACACACAGGGAGGCGGCCUGUGAGCGCUUGUGCGUACAUGUGUGUGUGUGUGUGUGUGUGUGUGUGGCAGGUAGUGGGCGGUUCGGCGCACGACUCGCACAUCCUACAGGCGUUUUCUGCGGCGCUGUCACCGACCCAGCUGGCGGUCCACGCCCACGGCAUUUUCGACUACUUGGUGAGCCAGGGGGAGCGCUGCCGCUCCCCACUGAUUCUCAUGAACAGCUGGUUCUCACAGUGCCACGAGCAGGUACGCAUCGCAUCGCACCAGAUCAGCCAUCAGCCAACACGCGCACACACACACAUGGACGGCGUGUGGCGGUGUGUGUGCAGGUGAGUGCGUGGCACGCGAGCCGUUUGAUUGAGAGUAUGUACGACACCAACAACGGCAAGGAUGUCGUGUGGCGCAAUGCCGACGACACCAUACGCUUCCUGCGAGACUCCAAACGAUGGUAAAUGCGCCACCCACCCCACACCCCACCCUCCGCCGUGACCAUCGCACUCAACUCGAUGCAUCAGGUUGCCAUCCGAGCAGUUCAAGGAGAUCACCACCAAGUUCUACCGUGACGUCGACGGCAACAGCGAGAGGGUGCGCAGCUCGCUCAUUGCGGGAAUCAAGCGGUUCGUGGCCGAGGAGGAGCCGGCGGUGCGCAACGUCAGGCCGCGGUAUAGCUGGAGCUAGCUGCAGCCGAUGCGAUGCGUGCGGCCGUUCGUUCGUUCGUUCGUUCGUGGGUGGGUGUGUACAAUCAUCCUACGCUUGAUGGGAUGGUGGACGUGUGUGUGUGGCGUGGGUGCGGUGCAACGAGAUUCGUCCCAUGCUCAUCCAUCCAUCCAUUCAUUCUGUUUUGUCGGCGUGCGGCCGACAGACAGACAGACCGACCGGUAGAUGGUUAACCUUGCCCUGCCUGAGCGUGCCUUACCUUUCUCCCAACUCUCUUUGUUGAGUGUGAGUGGCUGCGUGUGAGGGGUGGGUGGGGGAUGGUGGAGGUGUGUUGCGCCUUGGCCACAGGCAGGGGUGCUGACCUACCUGCCUUUCCAAUCCUCCCUCUCAGACCAGACACACCUGUGUGUGGGGAUCCAAUCGUCGAUCUUGUGUGGUGGGGUGCGUGUGUUUAUGAACUCCGCCUGACACGUGCCCCGUCGCCUGUGAGAGUGCGGGCGGCGGCCGACGUGCCUGGCGGAGGGGCUGAACACCGCACCGCACCACACCAGACAGGCGGUUGGUUAUUAUGUAUACCAGUUUUGCCGCCUGCCUGACUUGAUGGCCGGCCGGUCAGUCUGGGUGUGUACCGGACUCUGCGUGCCGGACAACCUUCCCUCGAUUGUAUGAAUGCGUGUGUUGUGAGAAAUUGACAAAUAGAAGACGCC